GAACAAAUACAAUUUUUGAGAAAUUUUUGAUUAUCGGUAUACCUGACUCGCUUAUCUGUCCGUAAUCAGCUGUUGGCAGCCAGUCAAUCGAUAUAUUUUACUGUAUGUGUAUAUCCACUUGGAAAUACAACGUGUUUGGUCUGCGUGGCUUUAUUAUACUGCUUACCAAAAGCGGUUGUCUUUUGUUUUAGAAUGGUACAACCAUGAACUCUUCGUAGAACGGAUGGGGUGGCACUGCUCAAAACGCGCAGGAUCAGUCGCAAACAACUUACAAGUGGCUGGGUAAUAUAAUAUUCAAGAAAAAUGUUUGCGGGCCAGGAAAACGUGGAAUAUGUCUAUAUGAAUCAGGCGACAGGCGAAUAUAUGGUCAUUCCUGAGUCUGAAGUAUCAAUUUGCCAGAGGGCCGAUGGAACUACGGUGGUUUUGUACCCUGGACUGCAGGAUGACGUACAGGGUUUAGAAACUGAACAAGAAAACCAGCCAGAAGAAAAUUUAGCGGAUGCAACCGAUAUUAUAUACGUAGAAGACGGUGAAGAACACUUGAAUCAGACCGAAGAAGUCGAACACCAGGAAGAGUCGGUGGUUGAGGUUCAAGAUAAUGCGGAAGGCUUAAAUGAGAUUUUCGAAGAUGCUAAUAACGAAACGGAAGAUACCGAAAAGCCAGCGGAUACACGGUUCGUGAUGGUGAACGAACAGGAAGUGCUUGUCGUCAAAAAAGCAGGUGGAGCCUCGAGAAAUACUUCAGUCGAAUAUUUAUCCGGCUUGGGUAUAGGCUAUGGCCGUAACCGGAUUUGUCCAUCAUUGCAAAAGUCCAUGGAUUAUGAAAAUCGGUCUACCGCUAACUCUGAAGCUCGCCUCAUGAAGUCUCGACGACGCACGCCGGCGCAGUCACAAAAGAAAGGACCAAAGCUUAUUCAAGAUUUUCUUUUGCCGCAUCUUGACAAUGGAACCUUUGGUAAUCGACUCGUAUGGGUCGAUCGUUCAUCCGGCACCUUUGCCAUGAGUUGGUCACACAAAAAUGGCGCCGAGUGGCGCGUCGAUGAUUGCAUUGUCUUUCGUGAAUGGGACCGCCUUAAAAAACGAGACGUGGUAGAGACCCACCCGCAGUAUUGGAUGGAAUCUAAACAGCGCUUCCGUGCUGCAUUGGCCAAGGUGUCAACUCCGUGUCAAGUUGAUAGCGAAGAAUUUAAGUCGUCAAAGGUUUUCCAGAUCAAAUGGACGCGUGAGACGCGUCCAGACAUUCUUGAUAAUAUGGGUGCUCAGCCUAAAUAUUUUGAGUUGCCACCGCGGGGAAGCAUGGGACGACAGGAAACAUUACUCAAUCAUGAGCAAGUGCCUGAGGGAUUCUUUGUUGAGACGUAUACAGAGGAAGAAGUGGUCGCAACGGCCACAGUUGAGAAUCAAGAUAUCGAGACUACUCAACAGAUCGAGCAAGAUUUUCUAGAAGCUGCUGUAUCUUCGGUUUCGGAAGCACUUCAUUCAGGGUUGCAAGGCGAACAACACCAGGUUCAGUACGUACAACCCACAGAGUAUAAAUUAUAUAUAUCACAACAAGAACAGUACUGCGUUACAACGUCCGAGAGAAGCGAUUCGCAGGCUGCGUCCUAUAACGCGGAGGCUAAAAAAGCCGCCGCACAUGUCUUAUCGUCCCGUUUUUUCACUGAAAGGGGGCGGUGGCGCCGAGCUAAACGCCGGCCAAUACGACAGGAGGCGCUGGGACCAAUCGAAAAGAUUGUAAGACGCUACAAACAGGUUGUAAAUCGAGUGUAUACCAUCUGCCCAUUGUGCCGUUUCUUUUCCGGUACUUAUUCUCUGCUGCUUCGCCACCUCAUGGUACAUCGGGAAGAGCGCGCUUUUGCUUGCUUACACUGCACGCACAGUUUCAAGAUACCUGAACUACUGUUGAACCAUCUGCGUGAACAUCACAGUUUUGGCAGCCCAAAUGUUUGUUUCCUGUCUAACCUCGAGGCAAAAUCAUCUGGAGACCUUCGGCGUGCCGAACUGCGACUCGUGCACCAAAAUCUACGAACGUGUGCAGUAUGUGCAGAACACUGUUACACAGAACACGACCUUAUGACACAUAUACAAGAGCUACAUGGCAUUGAGGCGGUUAGAGAUGUUCGACGUGCCGUACUCAAAGCUCGUCGACGUAAGCACGUGCGAAUGCGUCGAAAAUUUAUUUAUUCGAGCCAAGGAAAAAAGCAACCCCGGAAUAAUGGGAACGCUCAUAUAGGUGGUAGAAGAGGGUUAAAAGCAAAGAAAGUCAAGCUACUGCGCAAUGAAGAGCACCAGACAAGUCUCGUGGUGUGCGAUGGAGAGGUGCUCAUUGAGGAGACUCCGGUAGGUUGGGGAGCGCAAGUUCUAUAAUGAAGUCUUGAAUUGAAGUGAAAAGUUAAAACAUAUACUGAAUUUCGAAUAUUUAGCUUAGUCUGGAACUCGAACGCUAGUUUAACUCGGCGUGCUUUAGCUAAUAAUUCACUCAAUUUAAAUAGCAUUGUAUAGACGUCCUUAGGGAAAGGCAUCUCGGUAAGAAUCGUGCCAUUGUGGUGUAUCAUUUCUUGCAUUCGUUCUAAUGAAGCUGUGUAUUCAAGUAGUAAAGAAAGAUUAUCAAUUCUGAAAACAUCGUAACCUUUCAUUAAUUAUAGCUUUAGAAAUAAAUUAUGUUUUGUGGUAAUGACGAAUAACAAUAUACCUCAUUGAGUGUACGACCUCCAUUGUGAUGUAAAUUUGUAUAAAAUGUGAAUAAAAACAGUCAAGUUAU